GUGCGUUUUGUUGAAAUUCUAUUUUUCUCUUCUUUGUCGAAUUUUAUUAAUUUACACGCAUUUAUACAGGCCACAGUCCAAAAAGUUUUCAGAAAAACACUCGCAAUCACAAUCAAAUGGAAGAGCAGUACCGACAGUGGCGACGCAAUGCCAUCGAAGAGCGCGCCUUGGCAUAUACAGGCGGCGGUUCCGGCGAUCGCAUAUCGACACAAGGCCUGGCAGCGUUCGAGAGCCGACUAACGUACGAUGACUUCAAGGCAUCCGUAAUGCAAGGGGACGACGGCGGACGGCUGCUCAACUACGUCAACGCCAACGUGAUUUUCCAAGCGGGAGUGGAUUUUGAGAGUAAGCCCAUUGUGGUUUUCUGCGCCUGCAGCCUGCCGAGCCCGCGCGAAGUUGACUACGACAGGCUGCUUAAUCUAAUCAUCUUUCGACUGGACGAGUUUGUCGAGAGCGAUUACACAGUGGUCAUGUUUACUAGUGGUGCGCAGCAUAAUCCGGGGUGGAAUUGGAUGACCAAGGCGUAUCGUAGGCUGGAUCGCAAGUAUCGGAAGAACGUCAAGAAUGUUUAUGUCGUUCACCCGUCGAUGUGGUCAAAGCUGGUGUUUCAGAUUUUUGGCAAGAUUGUCAGUCCAAAGUUCUUUGCCAAAGUCACUUGGGUCGACACGCUUUCGCAGCUGGCCACGCUGGUUCCGAUGAACCAAAUCAACAUUCCUCAGCCGGUGUACGAAUACAACAUGAAGGUCGAGCAAUCCAUCACCCUGCCAUCAGAGGGGCUCGGCGCCCACAGGAACCACUACCCCCAUCAGCGGUCGCAGCAACAGCAGCAGGACUUUGGCGAGUCGCCAGUCACCCAAGUCUACGGCAUGUCGCUAGAGCACCUGAUGAACCAACAGGGCCGCCGCGUGCUGCCUCGCCCCAUCCGCGAAUGCCUGGUACGUUCGCCGCCAUCAACAGCGCUGCGGUCGGCCAAGGACAGCUACAACCACGAUCAGGCCGUCGACCUCUCGCUGGCCGGAGUACACGUAGCCGCAGUCUUGCUCAAACUGUUUUUCCGCGAGCUGCCCGAGCCCGUAUUUAGCAACCACAACUACAGCCUGGUGCGCGCACUCCCGGCAUCCAUCCCAUUGGCGGCAGCCACAGCAUCGCAGGACCCUAGCAGCGAAACCGUGGAAAUUGCCAAGCAAAUGGACCAUGUGCGCGCACGCUACGUUGAAGAAGUCAUUCUGCCGUCGCUGAAACCCGAAUACCGCCUGUUGCUUUGCUUCACUUUUGGGCUUCUCCAGAUGGUUGCCCGGAAUGAGAAAACGAACCGGAUGACUGCGUAUAAUUUAGCUAUUGUGUGGGCGCCUAAUUUGGCCAGGUCAUCGAAUCCCGUUCUGGACGUCACCAUGUGCGUGGCUGGUCCGGCUGCGCCGACUGUUGGGUCGGUUGUGCAGAUCAUGGUGCAGAUGUACGACAAGGUGUUUAGGCGCGAAAUAGGGCUUAUCCUGGGCGGCCAAGCGGGGCAGGUAGUGGAUCCCGCAAUGGAGGUCAUCAGGAUAGCUGAUCGCAUGAAUACGGGCGAAAUUAUUGGGUUGAAAUCCCCGUCGCCAGCAUUGCCGCCAAGACCCAAGUCUCCCACUUUGCCACCCAGGGUCAAGUCACCUGCUUUGCCGCCUAGGGUCAAGUCGCCGAUGAACGAGUUGGCUCCGGAUUUGCCGCCGAGGAUUUUGUCGCCGGGGUUGUCGCCCAGUGCCAGGUCGCCGUCUGCGGAUAGUGUGGAGAGUGUGCAGGUGUUUGCUGAUGCCGAGUCGGCGUCGUUGCCGCCGUUGUCUGCAAACAUGGAGGUGUCUGGCUCAGAAGGGGUGUCGGUUGAGCCUGCCCUGGCCGAGGAACCGGUUGAGUCCGUCGAGUCGGUCGAGAAAAAUGAAGCCAUCACGGUCAGUGAUACUGUCAUGCCGGAGGCUAUGGCUGACAAACCCAUUGAUGUAAAGUCCGACGAGCUAGCUGUCAAGCCUAUUGACACUCCUUUGCAGUUGUCCAACUUCCCUGAGACAAUCAGUGAUCAAAGAGUUGAUGCUUCUGCUUCUGCUGCUGUCGAGAGCAAGUAAACAUAUACAUAUUUUUAUUAUAUUUCUUUCAUUUAUCUGUAAAAGACGCUAACGAUAUUGCGCAAG